AUGGUGCAAGAAGGUAUUGUUCUUGGGCACAAGGUUUUGAAUCUUGGGAUUGAGGUUGACGAGGCAAAAAUUGAGGUGAUUGAGAAGCUACCUCCCCCAAUCAAUGUCAAGGGGAUUCUCUCUUUCUUAGGUCAUGCGGGUUUUUAUCGGCGAUUCAUCAAGGAUUUUUCGUCAAUAGCACAACCCUUUACUAAUCUUCUCCAAAAGGAGAGCGAAUUUCUUUUCGAUGGAGCUUGUAUAGAAGCCUUCACCAAGCUUAAGCAUGCCUUGAUCACUACCCCUAUUGUGCAAGCCCCGGAUUGGUCCCUACCUUUUGAACACAUGUGCGAUGCAAGUGAUUUCUCAAUUGGGGGUGUCUUGGGGAAACGAAAAGACAAGAAGAUUCAUGACAAGAAGGGUGCUGAAAAUGUUGUUGCCGAUCAUCUUUCCCGCCUUGAGCUUUGUGAUAUAGAGGGGGAUUAUGUGCCCAUUGAAGAUGCCUUACGUGAUGAUGUUUUGUACUCAAUUGAAAGUUCUUCUUUGCCUUGGUUUGCCGACCUUGUGAGCUACUUGUCUUGUGGGGAGAUGCCCAAUGACUUCUCCACCCAACAAAGGAGGAAGUUGAAGCACGAUGCAAAGAAGUAUAUAUGGGAUGAGCCGAUUUUGUAUAAGAGGGGCGCCAAUGGGCUAUUAAGGAAAUGUGUUACGGAUGAUGAGGUUGGUAGUGUCCUUGAUAUGUGCCAUUCCUCUCCUUGUGGAGGGACGGGAAAUAUUUCUAAACGGCAUGAGAUGCCUCAAUCUCCUAUCUUGGAGUUGGAGGUGUUCGAUGUUUGGGGUAUUGACUUUAUGGGACCCUUUCCCUCUUCCUAUGGGAAUCUCUAUAUUCUCAUGGCGGUUGAUUAUGUUUCGAAGUGGGAGGAAGCCAUUGCCUCACCCACCAAUGAUCACAAGGUCGUUCUUAAUCUUUUCAAGAAGAUCAUUUUUCCGUGUUUUGGGGUUCCUAUAGCGCUAAUAAGUGAUGGAGGAUCCCACUUUGCUCAUGGAAAGUUCAAGGCACUCUUGCGGAAGUAUGGUGUGCAUCCCAAAGUUGGCUUGGCAUAUCAUCCUCAAACUAGUGGUCAAGUGGAGGUUACCAAUCGAGAAAUUAAGUCCAUUCUUGAGAAGACGAUUGCUAAGAAACGGAAGGAUUGGGCAAUCAAGCUUGAUGAUGUUUUAUGGGCGUAUCAGACGACGUUUAAAACACCUAUCGAAAUGACCCCAUGCAAGUUGGUCUAUGGCAAGAAUUGCCACUUGCCGGUUGAUCUCAUGCAUAGGGCCAUGUGGGCCAUCAAGACCUUGAAUUUUGAUCUCACUUGUGCGGGUGAGAGACGCCUUCUUGACCUCUAUGAGUUUUAA